AUGUUUCUAGAAGAAAAUGCAACAAGGGAAUGCUUCGGCAACGCAACGUGGCAAACCAGAGCAAACUAUGAUGCUUGUACCGAAAUCCCGUCAGAAGAUUUUGAAGAUUCUGAAGUACAUCUUACCAUCUACUUCGUGGGCUACACAGCCAGUCUUAUUUCAUUAUUAUUAGCAAUAGGAAUUUUCACUUAUUUUAAGGAACUUCGAUGUUUAAGAAACAUCAUUCACAUGAACUUGAUGUGGUCCUACGUCCUGUUUUGUGUGAUUUACAUAUGUGUUUCAUUAAUGAUUGUAUUUGGAGGACUUAGUAACACAAACUGUAUAUAUUUUGCCACCAUUUUAAACUUUGCACAUUUAACCACCUUUUUCUGGAUGUUUGUUGAAGGCCUUUAUCUGUACAUUCUUGUUGUGGAAACUCUGACAAGAGAGAAUUUCAAAUUACGAAUUUACGUCUCCAUCGGAUGGGUAACACCCAUCUUGGUGGUCCUAGCUCUGAACAUGAUAUUUCUCAUCGCUAUAAUGUGGGUGUUGAUCACCAAGCUACGUUCAGCCAACAGCAUCGAGGCACAACAGUAUCACAAGGCAUCAAAAGCAUUACUUGUACUUAUGCCUCUGUUGGGAAUCACCUACGUCAUCAUACUUUGGUUCCCUAUCCAGAAGCACCAAAGAUUGUACUUUGAUAUAUUUAGAGCCGGAUUUACUGUAGCUCUACUGUACUGCUUCCUUAAUACUGAAGUCAAAAACGCGAUUCGUCACCAUUUCGAGAAUUGGAAGGCCAAUCGUUCGCUGGGUCCAAGUAGGAACAGAUCAGGGAGUCGCAGCAAGGAUUGGUCACCCAGAUCCAGAACUGAAAGUAUACGAUUGUACAGCCAACCAACCAAUAUUUAUCACAAGAGAGAGUCCAGCGCAUCGGAGGUGACCACCACCACUUUGAUAACCGUCAACGGGGGUUCCUCAAGGCCCUCGAAUGGGAGCACCCAAGCACGCAGCCCGUUUCUUCAACCACCUAGACCUAGUUAUGUGGAGCUUAAGAAAUUAGUAAUUCAAAAACAAUUGUCAUUAAAACGUCAUUUUACCACACAAUUUCUGAUGCCUUUAAAUGACAAAACCAAUUCGGACACAGAAAUGGAAAACCACCAUCUAAAGGUAAAAAAUCGUGAUCUGGCGAGGAGCCUAAAAGACAACAUAGCAAAAAAUACGAAUCUGCAGUCCACUGUUGACAAUUUGCAUGAAGAACUGUUUAAAACCAGAGCCAAUUGCGUUAAAUUAGAGAACACUGUGGAACAAGUAGAAGCAGUCACAAAAUCAAUUUUGCCUUUGAUGAUUAACAUGUCGGAAAAAUUGGCAGAUAUUAUGUCUUGGUGUUCCGCUGGUAAAUCGCAAGAAUUACUGGAGGAUGAGGCUCCAAAAUUUUCCAAAAGAAAAAAAAAUCCAUGUGUUUUAACAUCAUCAAAGAGUUUAAAGAUGUUUGCAUUAAUUGAAGAAGAGCCCCAAAAUCGAAACCAUGAAAAUGUUAAUAUUAUCAGUAGAAAAAGAUCUUUCAUGCAAAAAAGAAAAACCGUCACCGAAAAUGUUGAAAACAUCCCAUCCAUAUCCUUGAGACGUACCAGUAGAUCUAUAAAGAAACGUUUUUCAAUAGUAUAA